AUGCCACCCGCAACUAUGUCGCCCAAGGUGGAGAUUAUCGUCACCAAGACGGAGCGCGUGUUUCCUCAAUCGCCAGCGCAAUAUGAACAGGCGAUCCCCCUGUCGCUGCUGGAUGCAACCACCGCCAACUUCGCUCUCACAAACGCCAUCUGGCUCUUCGAGCCCCGCAAGGGCAAGGAUGUGCCGGACGUCGCAGAGCACCUCCGCCAAACACUCAGCACUGCGCUUAGUUCUUACCCACAGUGGGCUGGCCAGCUAAAAUCCAUUACAGUCGUCGACGAUGCGUCGGUCCCGGCCGAGGCUAAGGGGUUCCCAGCUCACGCCCGUCGCUUCGGCCGCGUGUACACGCACUUUGGGGCCUCCGCAGAUGUCGGUGUGGAGUUCAUCUCAGCAAGUAGCUCUGUCACUACGGACUCGCUCUACCCAACCGGGCGCGUCGAGACGCAACCGCUUUGGAAUCGCAAAGACGAUCCUCUCGGUAAAUUUGUGCCUCCUACCGACAUUGCACAGGCUCUCCAACCCAACGAGCCCAUUGCCAUGACUGGGUUACGGAAGCCGAUUACGGCUGUUCAAUGCACUACUUUUUCCGAUGAUGGCUUUGUCCUCGCUGUCAAGACCGCGCAUCCUCUCGCGGACAUCGCAGGUCUUAUCCGCUUCGUCAAGGACUGGGCGAGUGUGAGCAGGGCCGUAGUCAAAGGCUUGGAAGCUCCAGUCCCGGCCCCCGUAUUUGAGCCGGCGCGGUUAGACAAUCUUGCCGCGGGGAACAUCAAUGCCGAAGAGCCGGAUCCGGCCAUCAUCAGACGAACGGAGCGGUUGCCCUUGCACCGGUAUGAUUGGUGGGCUGCGCCUGGAAAGCCUCCCACACCGUUUCUCGAUGCCGCCAGGCCGGUGUCUCCAGCAGGCAAGCCCAUGCCAUGGGCUGAGUGGGAUCUUAAGGCCCCCGUUUCUGACUACACCAUUCAUCUCAACACCAAACAGGUAGAUUUCCUCUGGAAGGAGGCUACGAAGGGCACUGAGGGUGACGGCCCGAGAAUCAGCAAGCACGAUGCCGUGUUGGCACACGUUUGGUCUUGCAUCAUUCGUGCACGUCAACUCGGUAAGGAUGACGGCCACGUCCAUUGUGAUCUUGUACUCGGUGUUCGGUCCGCGUUCAAGCUAAGUGCGGACUUUAUGGGUUCUCCGAUCAUCAUGAUGAAUGUUGAGUUGCCCGGCUCCGAGGUCUGCUACCAACAGCCAGGUAACGCCACGGAAGCGAUAGGAGCCAUCGCUGGAAAAGUUCGAGCUACGAUUUCCAAGAUCAGUAGCCCGGUAAAUCUCGCAGAUCAUCUUCAUAGCGCUACAUAUGAGAAGUCCCCUCAACGAAUAUGGCAGGCAUUCCUUGGCCGGCGUCAUAUCCUGGUGACGACUUGGGCGCGCGCUGGCCUCUACGACGUUGGCUUUGGUCUUGGCUCGAGCAUAAGAUACGCGGACGGCGUCGUGCCGAACCUGGAUGGCAACAUUCUCAUCAAAGAAGCCCCUCCAUCUUCCGGCGAAUUCCUGUCUGGAUCUCGGCCGUCUUGGACUGACAGCGGUGUCGAUGUCUCUGUUCACAUAUGCACUGAGGAUAUGGAUCGCUUGCUGGAGGAUUCUUUGUUGCUGCCGCGCGUUGAUUAG